ACAAAAAAUGAAUAGUGGGAUUUCUCCCAAAUGAAAAAUUAGAAUAUUCAACACCUCACCUAUCUAUACUCGUGUUACCUAAGGCAUCUCUCUCUCUCUCUCUCCUAUAUAAAACCGAAGCCCAUCCAAAUAAUUUCGAAACUCCAUACAUAAUUUGCAGCAAUGGACAACCAUCACAUAAUGCUGAAAAUCUCUCGACUUUUCCCUUCCUCCUUCACCUCUUGCCAAUUCAGAAACGUAGCCGACGUGGCAGAAUCCUCCAUUCCCGUCGCCAAACACCCCUCUCUCUCCCCUCCCAGCAAAGCCCCCCACCACCACCCCCCACGCGCCGCCGUCAGCUCCACCUCCAACGGCGGCAGCUGGUUCACCGCCAGCGACACCGAGACCUUCCCCAGCCUCUCCUCCAACUCCGGCGACUCCUUCCACCUCCGCGCCGCCAGCGCGCGCUUCAAGCAGAUGAAGAGCAUCGACGAGGCUCAGGCCCCCCGCUCCUCCCUCUCCUCCUCCUGCUCCGCCGCCGCCAAAUGCCGCCGCCGCGCCGCCGGAAAGAGGCCGGCCGAAGCCAUCCCGCGCCACCAGCUGAUGCACGAGAUGGGCACCGACGACCACGUCUCGACGCGGCUUUACUACGGCGGCGGGGGCGGGGGCGGUUGCCGGCGGCGGAGGCGGCGGAGGAUCAAGAAGAACGGCGGAGAGGGGGUGGUGAUGGGGGGGAGCUACGCGGUGGAGAAGAGCUCGAGGGAUCCCCGCGGCGACUUCAGGGCGUCGAUGGUGGAGAUGAUCGUGGAGAAGCAGAUGUUCGCGGCGGCGGAUUUGGAGCGGCUGCUGCGGUGCUUCUUGUCGCUGAAUUCGGCGGCGUAUCACGCCGUCAUUUUCGAUGUCUUUUCCGAGAUUUGUCAAACGUUGUUUACUAAUUGAUUCAAUCUUUGUUUAAGCUUUGGUUUUGCUCUGUACAUUAUUUGUUUUUUUUUUUUUUUUUUAUUUUUUUAUUUUUUAUUUUUGGUUUAAGGUUUGUAGCUAGUUGCUGAAUUAGGUUUUUAUUAAUAUAAUAAUAUCUCAUUUAAAUUA